CUCGGUGCCGCUCCCGCCGCCGAUGGCCGGGACACAGACACCCUCUGAAGUCCUGGGCAUGCUGUGAGCCCUGCUUUAUUUGCUGCUGCAAGAAACGCCUUUUCUUUUAACCCGGCUUCCUUUGAAGAAGUAACUCAGGAAGCUUCAUGGCCUCUCAAGAAUCUCAGGGACAAUCCAAACUCAUCUUUAAGGAUUACCUCCCUGGUUCUUCUGACACUCCUCAGCAGAAUACGCCUGUUGAACCAACAAGUCUCUGGAAGCAAGCAUCACACGCUCAUAAUUUGCCACCUGGCUUGGAGUACCUGAACCAGCUGGACCAGAUAAUUAUUCAUCAGCAAGUGGAGCUUCUGGAAGCCAUACUUGGCACAGAGACCUCCAGCAAAUACGAGAUAAAGAACCCCCUGGGCCAGAGGGUUUACUUUGCAGUGGAAGAGAACGGCUGCUUUGACCGCAAGCUGUGCUCGCCCCUCCGGGCCUUCACCAUCAGCAUUGCGGACAACGCGGGCCGCGAGGUGAUCCGCGUCAUCCGGCCCCUCCGGUGCACCAGCUGCUGCUUCCCCUGCUUCCUGCAGGAGUUAGAAGUUCAGUCCCCACCAGGUACAGUAGCUGGGUACGUUGUACAGAACUGGGAUCCUUUUCUGCCAAAGUUCACUAUACAGAAUGAAAGCAAAGAAGAUGUGCUAAAAAUAAUUGGCCCAUGUGCAACCUGUGGCUGUUUUGAAGAUGUUGACUUUGAGGUAAAAACUCUCAAUGAGAUGACAACGAUCGGCAAAAUUUCCAAGUAUUGGUCGGGAUUUGUCAACAACGUCUUCACCAACACCGCCAACUUUGGGAUCCAGGUCCCUGUGGAUCUCGACGUGAGGAUCAAGGCAGUCAUGAUUGGUGCUUGUUUCCUCAUUGACUUAAUGUUCUUUGAAAACUCUUUGGAUGGAUUGUAACAAGAUGACAGAAACAAUGAAAUAUGCAGAAUCUGUUUCAGUAGAAAUCACUUGAGCUUUGGACAUGAUUUUGAACUGCAAAAAUCCUUCUUCCUUAUAGGAAAAGACAGGGAGCUAAUGAUGAUGUUUAUUAAAAUAUGUCUCAUGUAAAUAAUAAUUUCCCACUUAUAUUUUUUAUGUGUAAUAGCUAAACACAUACUUUUCACACAGAGCACUGUUGCUUUGGAACUGUGCUAUUCUCUUCUUUCUCUUUUGAUGUUCCUGCAUGGGGAAUCAUGAAAGAUUAGAUGAAGGCUUGCAGCAUCACUGAUGAAAGCCUAAGUUUAGAGAAGCCUUUGAUGUUUUGCAAGUGCUGGUACCAGUUUCUAACCACAUGAGGGUGUGUUCUGGGGGUUUUGCUUUUUUAUAAUUUUAGAAGUAAUUUUCUGAUUUGUAUUUAAUUAAUAGUAGCAAACUGAUUUGAAAGUAACAAAUAUAAAGACAUUCCUGAUGGGAAGUUGAAGAUGUUAUCUGUUUCAGUGAGUUGGAAGAAUGAAAGUUUUGUUUGCUAGUAAAUUAAUUUUGUGACAUAGAUUGUUUUAAUGAGUGGCAGCCAGAAAUUGGACUUCAAGCCCUAGACUUGGGAAUAUAAGCUCUAUUCUGAAAAUCUGGUCUUCCACUAUUUGCACUGAAGGCAGGCCAUAGAUGAAGUUUGGGUGAUGGUCCUCUGUGUGCUAGAGGCUCACAAAUCACUUCCCUUUGUACCAGCCAGGGUUAAGGAUCCUUGCUGCCAUCUGCUCAAGGCUUUCCUGAAAAGGUUUGUUCCUCUUUGUAAUAUCUGGUGGCUGGUAAUUUCUCAUUCAGACUUGCCUGAGGCCAUCCUGGAAUAGAAUUUUUCUUUUCCUUUGGCAAGCUCAGGUAUUUUCUAUGAUGACUGGGCAGAAGGAGCUUUUCACAGUUCAGCAGUUUCACAUGGUUGUUCAUUUCUGCAGCCACACCUCAGUGUUCCCAAACAGUUCCACCAACUUUUGCUAAUACAAGCUUCCUUUGUAGGAAUGGUAUAUAUGCAAGACAUAAACAGAUUUUUUUGCUGUUGUUGCAAAUUAUUUGCUGUAUGAACUUGCUUAUGCCUCUGAAAAACUCCCUUCAAGAAGCAAACCAGUACCAUAAAAUAUUGGUGGCAAACCCAAUUGCUCUCAUAGUCACCAGUCAAGUUUCUAAGGGGAACAUUUUAUAAAUCACUAGAAAUGCUGGAAUUUUUUAAUUUUUUUUUUUUUGUGUCAACCAGUAAUUCAAUUCUUGAAAACAACCAACACAUCAACGGAAAGAAAGGAGAUAAUGAAUAAUGCAUAAAAAUGAAAAAGAGCUAAAUUUAUCAGGUGAUUACUUCUCAACAAAUAUUUAGACUAAUUUUAAAUUAAUGUUCAUGGAUAUGAAUUCAAACACAGUGAAGUCAGGAAGUUGCAACUAACGUUCCCAUAGUGAAAUUAACUCAGGCAUGCUUAUAGAUUUAAACAGUAUGUUUUAGAUUAUAUACCACACUUAGGUAUUUAUACAGAUUUACAUAUGUCUUGAAAAUAAUUGUGGUUAACAAGCUCCGACAAUCAUCAUUAUCUGUUAACCAUUUCACUGCUGGCUCUCGCUGUGGCUCGUAGCAGUGCAAUCAGGCUGCAGGAAUUGGGAGCUCACAGGGAGCCUCUGCUGCCACCUUUUCCGGGAGGAAGCGCCCUGCGAGCUUCGUGGGCCAGAAGCUCCCUCGUGUGGAAAUCCCGGAAUUUGCAGAGGAAUGCAGGAUUUGCAGAGGAAUACAGGAUUUGCAGAGGAAUACAGGAUGCUUUUUGCUGUUCUCACGCUGGUGUUGUUCUCUCAAAUGCAGCUCUCACAUGCCUGACUGUAGACUGAGAAAAAGAACCAGAUUAUUUUUUUUCUCUUCAAAUCCCUUUGCCAUGUUAGACAGAAGUCACUGCUAUUGUAUCCCAUAAUUCUGGCUCUCAUUCACUGUUACUGAGCUGCGUGUGGCUGAGCACUCGAAUGAAUUCACUCCCUUAAGGUGAGCAGGAUCCCCACCUAUCUUCCGCUUUUCCCCUGCAAUUUCCAGUCCUCUUGUGGCCUUUAACAAGCCAAUGAUGUCUCUAAGCAAAUGUGUCCAGCCUCGUUGAAGCCAGCACAAAAUAAGGUUUGAUUUACCUACAGGGCUGAAUUUGGUUGAGUGUCCAUAUAUAUACCUUGUAGGUAUGCAAUAUGUGCAUAUAAUUUUCAAUUAAUUCCAACCAGAUGAUAACAUGGGAUUUCUCACAGUGACUUUGUUGCUGUUUUUUGUGUUAAUACAAAGGUUUUUUGCUGUUAGUGUGUAUGUGUAUGAAUAUGUUUGAAUGCCUCUGUUUACACUCAGGGGCAGCUUCUGGGCCACACAAGAACAGGCUCAUCCCCUGGAUAAAACAAGCAGUGGGGCUGGGACCGCUCUUGGUGCUUAGAACUCCCUCAGCAGACUGCUUGACCCCAGUGCCACCCUUCAGCAUCCUGGUGGAAAUUCAGUGCCAUUGCCAGUGCUUUUCCAGCUGGGAGAUCACUCCUCUAAACCACAGCUCUCACACAGGGCAGGGAUCCAUCCUCAGCAUGGAUUCUGCAUGAUGUUGCUGAAGAACAGCUAAUGUGUUCUAAGAUCUUAACAACCUGCAUCUCUAAAUUAUAACUUUUUCUUGUUAAUAGCAAUGUGUUUCAUGUUAUUGGAGCUACAUGUGCUCACUUUUCACAGUUUCCCCACAGGCUAGGAGUGGGUCCCAAAGGAGAAUCCAGAAUCUCCCAAAGGGUCACAAAGUUUUUCUAAAGCAAACUCAUGUCCUGAAUAUUAUCUAGAAAGAAACGUGAUUGCUCUAAAGAAACAUAAAUUUUACUUCAUCCAGCAAAGCAAAUAUUUCAGAUCAGUAGCUAAACUCUAAAUCUGUGUAGUUCACGCUCCUUGUGUUCAGUAGAUGGCAGCAACAGCUCACUAUGACAGUGUUUAGCUUUUCACACAUCAUCCUUUUUUCGCCCAGGGUGCUGAUGGAAGUUCAACAUACCUUUAACCUCUAAUUAAAUUCUGCUCUUAACUGAAGGAUUUUAUUUUCUCUGUCUACGAUUAAACCUUUGCCACACAAUACUGGAUUAUUUUUACUGCCUGCAUUUAGAGCUGAACUGUUAGUUAUUUUAUGAGAUCUGAUCAGGGCAUGGGCAGAAUACAGUCUACCACAAAGUGAGCUCCUUUGGUCAGUACUCAGCCUAGUUUUUUGCACCUGGAGCAUCUCUCCAGCUUCUGCAGGUGGGCAGGGGAGAAGCCCCAGCCCAUGUUCCCCAUCUGCAGAAACAGAAGGUGCCAUGUGUAAAGGAGAGUGCUGUGUGGUGCUGUACCUAGAAAAGGGGAAGGUUUCUAUGGGAAAAGAUCAUGUCAUGAUGGUCUGUCCCUGUGUGCUGGCGCAGAGUGGGGGAAAUCCCUGUAGUGCCACAAACCCAGGUGGCACCAGCACGUGGGGAGAAGUUGGUUUGCCCGUGGGAAGAUCAGGCACUUCCUGUCAGAGAGUGAAGACACAGAGUCGCUGUAAGUUCUUUGGUUGUCUGCUAAUUUGGUGCAUGCAAAAGUACUUCUGUUCAUAGACUUUGCUGCCUGUAUUAAAAAAAUAUUUUUGUGUCAAUUUGGUUAUUUGUUGGAUUAGACAAACCUGGAAACGAUCCAAAAUGCACAUUUUCUAAUAGAGUUGUCUAAAUGAAAGAGUUUUGGGGAAAAAAACCCAAAAAAACCAAAAGAAAUUUCCUCCCUCUGACCCUCAGAUGUUGUAUUGGUUUAUUUUAAAUUAUAAUGAUAUGUUCUGUGUUAGAAUCAUGAAUCUUAGUUUAAUUCAACUCAAGGUGAGUAUUGAAGGAAAAAUUACCUGCAAGUCAUUUCAUCAGGACUCACUAACUUGAUGCUUGAUGUGCUUUUCCACUUUAAGAUACUCAUUUGAAGGACCUGUUUUUCUCUCUUCCAGUCACAUUAGGUAAGUGCUCUAUUUACACUUCUGGCGUUUUGUAUUAAAAAAACUCAUACACAGCAACAACCAAACCACGAAACACCCUGCAGGCUUCUGUUACAGACAGUGCUCUGUGAGGAACGCCUGUUUCUGUCUAGAAAUGACCAUGGGCAUUUUCUCUUUCUGCCCCGUCCAGAUCAUAGAAUCACAGAAUGGUUUGGAUUGGAAGAAACCUUAAAGGUCACUGAGUUCCACCUCCCUGCCAUGGGCAGGGACACUUUUCACUAGAUCACGUUGCCCAAGUCCCUAAAGGAGAUAUCACAGUGCAUGUGUCAAGGUCCAGUAUUGCAUUAAAAGUCUUUUCUUAGUUAUCUCUGGAUUGUUUGCAGACCUUGGGUAAAUUUUGAACAUAAUGACUGUAUUAGUUUUCUAUCCAUGUGUCUUUUAAGUAGCUGUCACAAUAAUGUCCAUUUAUACCAGCAAGAACUGAGAAAAGAAAUGCAGCCUGGGAUCAGAACAAGAAUCACUACUAUAAAUACCUUGUAUAUUUCACACUUUUCUAGAAUUCAAGAGAAAGCUUUGAGCAUUUUUUUUUUUUAAUAUUUGUUCUGGGCUCCCUGAAGAACCCGAUGUGUCAAAAUACUCUUUUAUUUGAAAGAGAAAAAGUCCUAUUUACUUUGCAAAUCCAGGGGAGAUAUUUUGGCUAUUAUGUGUAGGAUAGUGUGCUGAGUGUAUAGGAUAGGAGUAAGAAAAGAUUAAAAAAAAUAAUUUGUUAAUAGUUAAUAAUCCAGAGGACUUUCUGUGAUAAGCUGAGAGAGCUGGGGUUGUUAUAGCACCUUUCAGUACCUAAAGUUGCUACAUGAAAUUUGGAGAGGGACUUUUGACAGUGGCGUGUAGUGACAACACAAGGGGGGAUGGUUUUAAAUGGAAAAAGAGCAGGUUUGCAUUAGAAACAAGGAAUAAAUUCCUUAUUGUGAGGUGGUAAAGCCCUGUUACAGGUAGCCCAGAGAAGCUCUGGCUGCCCCAUCUGUGGAAGUGUCCAAUGCCAGGCUCAAUGGGGCUCUGAGCAACGUGGGGUAGUGGAAGGUGACCUUGCCCAUGGCAGGGGAUUGGAACAAGAUGAGCUUUAAGUCCACUGCAAACCAAAUCAUUUUAGAAUUUGUUUAUUUAAUCUUCUAUCUCUAGUUCCAAAUAAUUGUAGAUUAAGGCUCAGAACACCUGGCUAAAGACCCACAAGGGGUGCAUUCUUUAGCCUUUGGCAUUGCCCAGGACUGGAUUGCCAAACACUGUGAUUGGAACCCUUUAAAAUAAGACUAAUUUACAAAUGUUAUGGUUUGAAAUUCCAAGUACUUUAAAAAAUACUAGUAUUUAAACCAAGGAACUCCUUAGAGCUUAGACAGUUUUAUAUCUUUGAUUCUGAAAUGUUUUCACUUAAGUAAGCCUACCAUAUGAGAGUAGCAUCACUUCAAUGCUCUGAAAAUGCAACCGUUGAGAUAAAAACAAAUUUAGCAGAAGCCAGGACAAGUGGGUCAUUACUUAAAUGAACAAUUUGGUAAAUAAAUUAAUUAAAUGGUUCCCUAUUAGGAAGAAUUUUAUCUCUGGUUUUAUCGCUUUCAGGGCCUGAUACAAAAUGAAAUAAAAACUCACAGAAGAGUGAAAUACCACCAAGAAUUAGGGUGUACAGUGUAUUUCACCCUCCAUGACAUGGUGGAUAUUGCUCUUGCAAAGUCUGCAGACCCACAGUUUGAUCACUUCCCUUUCCUAAUUGAGCCUAAUAGAAGAUCAAAGAGAUUUUUUUUCCUUUUGCUGAUUUGCAAGAUUGGUCAUGAAAUUGGUCUUUUGUCUGCUGUGGAUGCUCAUUCAGUAUUCAUCAUUGUGAUACCAAGCCAGUUCUUGCACUGUUACAAGCACGAGGUGCGUGGUGGCCCUGUCCUUGCUGCUGAGGAAAAAGGUUAAUGGGUGCAUUUUCUCCUGUUCUGCUCAAUAAUGGCAAACAAUGAGGGAGGAGAUGAUGUGGAAGUUUCAGAGCAAUCAAAUAAGGACAAGAGACAUUAAAUCUAGGCAGGGCAGUGGAGAGAAGCCCUUGUGCAAACAGGCAGGUGUGUCAUUGGCAAAUACUUUGUUCAGUAAGGGCACAAAAGCAGCAAUUGAUAUGCCAAGAUCAUCUGUGCCAGCAGGCGUGGCACCUAAAUAAAGCACAUGCAUGUGAUCCACAAAAACUUCUGUAAGGUGAAACUGUUUGCUUUCAGCUGCAGUGAUUGGAGCCAGUGGGACCAGGUGUUCUUUUCAGGAUUUGUGUUUUAUCAACAGAUGAACGUCCCUCCUCCAACAAGUUUAUGCUUUGGACUUCCAUACAACCUGCCGUUGUCAUAAAGAGGUGUGGUUUUAUGGCUGGGGCAUAAAAAUGAUAGAUGCAUGGCCCAACUAACACACUCAUUUGAAACAGCUCCAUAAAGUGGUUUAUCUUGACUCUUGUGGUCUUUUGCAGUUCUCUCCUGCCAGGACUGUGUUUGAGUGGUUCCAUUGAACACGGGGUUUUAGCUGAGCUGUCACCACCCUGGGUAAGACCCUCGGCCCUGUCAGAUGGGAAGGGUAAAUGGUUGUGGAGCUUGGGAGGAGGAGAAAUCUGAUGGAAACAAAUCCCUGCAAAAUCAGGGUAACAUGAGCUAAGGAAAGAGUAUAGGAACAAAAAUUAGCAAGGAGUGGGGGAGGACACAAGGAGAAUAAGAUAUUUCUAAGAGUAAAUGAAUGUUUUCAAUCAGAAGCGAAGUCUGAUAUGGUCUUUACAAAUACAUUCUCAGUGGAAAAGAGUUAUGGAUCUUUGCUAAAAGUAAGCUUGCUGAUACUGCUUGGUGUAGUCAUAAUUCUUUACUGCAUUGCUGAUCUGUUCAAGCUAUAAUGUUCUUUUAUCUUGUACUUCAGGAAUGUAACUGAUAAGAGAUGAUUAAGAGAGAAAAAAUGCUUAAGAAAAUCUGCAGAGAUGCAAAAUGCUUCAUGGAGCAUUGAUGUGCUGAGCACUAUAUGUAUUUAUUGCUACAAAUAUGUAUUAGCUUUCUUGGUGAACUUUUUAAUGUAAAAUCAUUAUAAUUAGCUGAAAUAGAAGCCACUCCUG